AUGCCCGCUGGCAGCUCGCCGCCGGCGCGGCGCCGGCGCCGGAGCCGCAAGGAAGGUCCGCCGACACCCUCCCCGCUUCCCCCCUCCCAUAAACCGAACCCGCUGCCGCCCGGCACCGAGAUCGAGGUCCGCAUCGACGACGAGGGCUUCUACGGCUCCUGGUACGAGGCCACCGUCGUCGGCUUCGACCCCGCCACCGGCCGCAGGUCCCCGGCGAAGUACACCGUCGCCUACUCCCACCUCGAAGCCCAGUACGCCCCUGACUCCGUCGCUCCCUCCCACGUCCUCCCGCGGCCCCCGCCACCGUCGGGCCCGGGAUCUCCGUCGUCGACCCCGGCGCCGCCGCGCCUCCUCCUACAUGACUUCGCCGACGCCUUCGGCUGCAACGUCGCGCCCGCGCCCUCCCACGUCCGCCCGCGGCCCCCGCAUCCCCCGGGCCCGGGGUCACCGUCGUCGACCACGGCGCUGCCGCGCUUCCUCCUACAUGACUUCGUUGAGGUCUUCGACCGCAGCGGCUGGUGGUCGGGCAUCGUCGUCGCGCCUGCGCCCGCCGACCCCGGCUCCCCCGUCACCGUCGCAUUCCUCAUCACCCGCGAGGUCCUCCCUUUCCCCGCACACCUCGUCCGCCCCCAUCGCGACUACAUCGGUGGCGAGUGGGCCCCAUCGCUGUCCGUGAUCGCCGUCCAGCCGAGGCGUGCCGUCAGGGUCUACAAGGCCGGGGAGAAUGUCGAAUUGCUGAGGGAGCGGGAGGCGUACGGCAACUCCUGA